AUGGCAAAUGAGACGAGUGUGGAAGAAUUCAUCCUUCUUGGCUUCCCAGGCACGUGGCAUUUCCAGAUCUGCCUUGCGGUGGUCUUUGCACUGACAUACUCCCUGACAGUAACAGGCAAUGCAUCCAUCAUCGCCCUCGUGUGGAUGAACAGCAACCUCCAUACCCCAAUGUACUUCUUCCUGUGUAAUCUCUCCUUUCUGGAGAUCUGGUACACUACCGGCGUUGCUCCCAAAGCCAUAGGAGUCAUGCUGGCCAGGCCCUCCUCCUUCAGUGUCUGCAUCCUCCAGUUGUUCUUCCUUCUCUCCCUAGGCUCCACAGAGUGUUUUCUCCUGUCUGUAAUGGCCUAUGACCGCUACUUAGCCAUAUGCUAUCCCCUGAGAUACAACUCCCUCAUGAACAAUGUCCUCUCUGCUCGGCUGGCACUUGGCUGCUGGCUGGGAGGCUUUUUGGCCAUCUCACUGCUGGCCUUUCUGACAUCCAGGCUGACGUUCUGUGGGUCACAUGUCAUCAAUCAUUUCCUCUGCGAUAUAGAUGCCUGCCUUGCCCUCUCCUGCAGUGACACGUGGCACGUGGAGUUGGCAACCUUCCUAGUCUCCAUAAUUGUUGUGAUGGCCUCCUGUGUGGUCACUCUCAUCUCCUACGUAUACAUCAUCUCUUCCAUCCUGAGAAUCCAGUCAGCCCAUGGACGCAAAAAGGCCUUUUCCACUUGCUCUGCCCAUCUCAGUGUUGUCACAAUCUGGUACGCCUCCACCAUGUUCCUGUAUGUCAAGCUAUCGUCCCAGAACUCCCUGCAUCUGAACAAACUCGUGAAUACCUUUAACACAUUUGUAACUCCUUUGUUGAACCCCUUCAUUUACACACUCAGGAACAAAGAAGUGAAGCAAGCUCUGGGGCAGGUUUUGCAGAAAAAGUGA